AUGUUUUUACUGCUGUGUUUUACAAACUUUUUCGUUUGGUGUAUAGCUGAAAAACAAAAUUUUGUUUUAAUAAUUGUCGAUGAUUUAAGGACUGCCUUAGGAUGUUACGGUGAUGUAAAUGCUUAUACACCGAAUAUAGAUCGUUUAGCGGGAGGAGCUGCCAUUUUUUCUGAAGCAUUUGCUCAGCAAGCUUUGUGUGCACCGAGCAGGAAUUCAUUUUUAACAAGUAGGAGACCCGAUACACUUCACCUUUAUGAUUUCUAUAGUUACUGGAGAAAAGAUGUUGCUAACUUUACAACAUUACCCCAACAUCUUAAGAAUAAUGGUUAUAUUACAAAAUCAGUAGGAAAAGUUUUUCACCCAGGAACUAGUUCAAACCAUUCUGAUGAUAGCCCUUACUCAUGGUCAGAAACACCUUUUCAUCCAUUUACAGAAAGAUAUAAAAAUGCUCCAGUAUGCCAAACAAAUAUACGAAUUUCACCUGCACAAAAUCUUGUGUGCCCUGUUAAAGUUUUAUCAAUGCCAAAUAAAACAUUACCAGAUAUAGAAAUAUUAAGAGAAGCUAAAUAUUUUUUAUCUAAUCAAGCAGGCAAUACUAAUCCUUUCUUUUUAGCAGUUGGUUUUCAGAAACCACAUAUACCAUUUAAAUAUCCUGAAAAAUAUUUAAAAUUCCAUCCUUUGUAUAAAUUUAAAGUACCCAAGCCAUAUAAAUGGUUAAAAAAUGUUAGUAGCAUAGCUUAUAAUCCAUGGAAUGAUUUGAGAAGAAGGGAAGAUGUUGCAUCAUUAAAUCUUGAAUUUCCAUGGGAAAAGAUACCCAAAAAUUUUGCCAGAUUGAUCAUUCAAUCUUAUUAUGCUUCAGUAACAUAUAUUGAUGACUUAAUUGGCAAAUUGAUAAAUCAACUGGAAAUGUCAUCAAUAUGGCUAAAUACUACUGUAAUAUUAAUGUCUGAUCAUGGAUGGUCAUUAGGAGAGCAUACAUUAUGGGCAAAAUAUAAUAAUUAUGAUGUUACUUUAAGAGUACCAUUGAUAAUUUCAAUACCAGGACUUACAUUUGAAAGGCCAACAGAAAAUACAAAGAAUUCACGAAAAAAUGAUAGAUUGAAUUUAUCAAAUAAUCACAUAAUUAUAGAUUCAAUAGUAGAAUUAGUUGAUAUUUUUCCAACUAUGGCAGACUUGGCAAAUAUUACAAUACCUGUUUGUUCAAAUAAAAAUGCUCAUAUAGAAACUACUUGCAGUGAAGGAAUUACUCUUCUGCCACUUAUUAGAGCUGCUUUAAAAAAAGAGUCAUUACUGUGGAAAAACGCAGCAUUUGGGCAAUAUCCCAGGCCAAGCAUUGAACCUUCAAUGCAUCCAAAUAGUGAUGAACCACGUUUAAAUGAAAUUAAAGCGAUGGGAUAUACGCUAAGAACAAACAGAUAUCGUUAUACGGCUUGGCUACCAUUUAAUUCUGAAACUAAAAUAGCAGAUUGGAAUCAUAUCAUUGCUGAAGAGUUGUAUGAUUACAAUACUGACAAAGGUGAAAAUCGUAACGUAGCAUUUUUGGAAAAAUACACUAAAUUAAAAAAAAAAUUAAAGAUUUUACUGCAAUGUGGUUCAAGAAACGUUUUAUCACAUAAGUUUAAUCUUUAA